AGGAGGAUGGAUAUAAAACCUGGAGCACACCUGCUCAGCAAUGACACUCCAGACCUCCACCAACUGACCUCAGCCUGUUACCAAAGUUCAGGUGCCUUGCCUCGCUCCUCAGCAUGCUGCCCGGCAGAGCGGCUGUCUCGCGGCGGCACUGCGUCCUGCCGAGCCGCUGGCUGCCCGCCGCCGCCGCGCUGCUGCUGCUCUCCUGCAGCUUCAGCCGCGCUCACAGCACCACGGUGGAGCACGACUUCCACAUCGUCCACAAUGUCGACAACAGAAGUCCAGAGAUAGACCCCUUCUGGUACGUGGGGCGUGGGGUGAGGCCCAUCGGGCGCUUCGGGAAAAGGCACAGCAGCGUGGAGAGUCUGGACGGCGGGGGGAUGCAGCCGGUUGUCAGGACGUUGGAGCUGCUCCUCAACAGCCUCAGAAACAGGGAGAACAUUAGAAAAGAGCUGGAUGGGGAGGACAGGGAUUGGUUACCAUGAUGUGUUCUUCACCUCU